UAGAUUGGUCAGGUGAACUGCAUUUUCAUCACAUCAAAACAAACCUUCAGCAUGGGUUGUGGGUCAACAGUUGGAAAAGUUUUUCUUGUCACAGUGAAUACUUUAUUCACGAUACUAGGUCUUGUGUUACUGGUCAUUGGAUGUUUAGUCAAAUUCAAGAAUGACUUAGUGACGGAAUAUGCUGCCGAACUUUUCAAGGUCAUCAAACUGGACUCUGCCAAUUACAACCUUGAUGAACUCCUCGGGUCAUCAGCAAUUGUCUUCAUCAUUGUAGGCGUCGUCAUUCUCGUCGUAGGAGUCCUUGGAUGUUUGGGGGCCUGUUGUGGAUGGAGAGUAUUCCUUGUCAUUUAUGCACUCAUUGUAUUUCUGGUUCUUAUUGCUGAAAUCGCCGGUGUUGUUUUGGCAGCUUUGAUGAAAAAGGAUGUUGACAAAGUAAUUAAGGAUGGUAUGAAAAAAUCAAUCGUCGAGAAAUAUAAAGGAGAUAAGUCACAAGAGCCUGUUACGCUGGCCUGGAAUAGCAUUCUCAUAGAGUUUAAUUGUUGCGGAGUAGACAAUUAUGAAGACUUCAGCAAUGCUACCCAUUGGAACAAAACAUUUAAUGGACAGGAAAGACCUCUUGUAACCCCUGUUAGCUGUUGUACGGAAGUCAAAGGUGAAUUCCCAGAUUUGACUUACCCUAGCGAUACAAGUUGUGCUGAAAGCCCAACAGAUGCCACCAACAAUUGGAAAAAGGGAUGUUAUUCAGCGAUUGAAGACUUUAUUAACAAGUACAGUAACAUCUUUAUUGGUAUUGGUGUCGUGGUAGCAAUAUUUGAGAUCCUGUGUAUUGUGUUUGCCAUCUGUGUCUGCAGGAGCGUGGAGGAGGGAGAAAAAAUGUCAAAAUUUAUACACAUUCUCAACACGGACGAUGAAAGCAAUGACAAUCCGGUGUUAGACAUUGACUUUCCAGAAACAGAUGUGACUUUAGUUGUGGAGGGUAGAAAACUUCACGUCAAUAAAGCCGUCCUUUCUCAACAUUCACCUGUAUUUAAAACAAUGUUUUCUGGAAACUUUAAGGAAAGUACUCAAAAGGAGAUACCACUUCAAGACAAAAAGUUCCAAGAUGUUGUGGAAUUUCUUAGAUGUUUUUAUCCCAACAUGAAACAUGAUGUCACAGAAAGCAAUGUACUGCAGAUACUACCUUUGGCACAUGAGUACCAGUCUCCUCUUGUUGCCGAUUGUGAGGAGUUUAUGACAAACAUGUGUAAACCAGGAACAAGUCUGACUGUGACCACAUUACUGGAUUACAUCCUCGCAGCCGAAAAAUAUCACUUAAAGGCGUUACUGGAUGCUGCAAUGAAGUUUUGUGCACGUGUAGACUAUUAUCUUCUAAAUGGAACGACAAUUACACGAAGUUAUGAUUUUGGGAAGAGCGGAUACACAUACAAGCAUACGGUAGACAAAAGUAUUUCUGCGAAAUUCAGGAAUAUAGAACUUGAACAUCGGCAUACAAUUGCUGAAAAAAGGAUCCAAUUUCUGGAGAUGUAUAAAAGAAGGACAAACAAUAGGGAUCCAGUUACUGAAGAUAUCAGUCUCGAAUUAUCUCAGGAAUCCAAUCAGGAAUAAUCAUUGUGUUGUCUGUACAAAUAAUACCUC